GGAUGACCUCCAUUAGUUCCACUUUCAAAGUAGCUAGAAGAGCUGAAGGUAGGCUGCGACUUUCUUGUUAAGCCCCUUCUAGGAGAGGCAUUGAAAUGCGAGUCCCUCUUGGCAGCCCCGUUCGUCCUCCUCCCUGAGAAUUUUUUCCCAAUCCAGGGAUGGGUUAGGAACCUGCCGUUUCCAGCCCCCUGCAGCCACUCCCUUGGAUCCUGACCAGGAGAACAACCAGGUACAAAUUGUCUCUGCAGCUGGGCCUUGUAGGUGCACCGUGGGGACCAGGACUUUCAGGACCCCCUGGCCCCGUGGCUCCAUCUGGUUGGUGAGAGAGAGAAAUGUGUGGCGAUGUGCAGGAGUUAAGCCAUGAGAGCAUUUGUGGUCAAAAUAAAUAAAUACAUGUGUGAAAGAACUAACAAAUGAAGGAAGGAAGGAAAGUAGACUGAGAGGAGUGGACAAAUUCUGUGUCUGACUUCAGUUCUCAACAUUGAGUUUUCAACUUCAGCAGAGCCCUGGGGAGGAAGUGAAUCCGCAGAUAAGCGGGAAAGCCCACGGGACACAAGAAGACGGUUUAACAAUUUUCCACACCUGCUGGGGAAACAGUUGGUUUUCAGGAAAAAAAUAAAAAAAGGGCGGGGGUGGGUGGGAGUUAAAAAAAAAAAAACCCACUGGGAAGGGAUAGGAGUUGGUGGUGUUUGUUUUAAGGUCUGUGAGGGCAAACAGCCAAAAACUUGUGUAGAAAGCAUGUCUUGGAACACAGCAGUUUUUUUCUAAGAACAGUCAGAUGGCUUCUUACCACCUUCUCGUGCAGGCAACCUCCUCCUGAGAAUGAAUGUUCUGUGCUUCCAGCUCGUUCCGCUUUCGGCUCCGAAGAAGAUGGCGGAUUUUCCCAGCUUCUUUCCUACUGGCUUUUUCUCCAUUCUUGCCCUUCUCCAGAUGUCCACGUGGUGUUCUGCGGUGUCCAAGUUUUCCGUGAAGGGACCAGCUCAGCCCAUCCUGGUCCUGCUGGGGGCAGAUGCCUCUCUGCCCUGCCAGCUGUUCCCUGAGCAGAGUGCAGCCCACAUGCAGAUCCGGUGGUACCGAGCUCAGUUCUCCCCAGCUGUGCUUGUGUACCAGAAUGGGCAGGAACAAGGCGGGGAGCAAAUGCUGGAGUACCGUGGCAGGACAGAGCUGGUGCAGGACUCCAUUGGCAGAGGGACCGUGACCCUGCUGAUCCAACAGAUCCGUGCCUCUGACGAUGGCCAGUAUCGGUGUCAUUUUAAGGAGGGUUACAUCUCCCAAGAAGCCAUCGUGGAGCUGCAUGUUAUAGGCUUGGGCGCUGCCCCUCACGUUCACAUGAUGGGGCCCGAGGAUGACGGGAUCCGAGUUCUGUGCUCCUCAGGUGGCUGGUUCCCCAAACCCAGGGUGCAAUGGAGCGAUAUGGCAGGAGCGAAGCUUCCUUCCCUUUCUGAGUCCCAGUCCCAAGAUGGAGAUGGGCUCUUCCAUGUGGAGGCGUCUCUCGUGGUCACGGACAGCUCUCUGGGCAAUGUGACCUGCUCCUUCCAGAACCCCCUCUCUGGCCAGGAGAAAGUGUCAGCCCUUUUCCUCCCAGAGCCCUUCUUCCCCAGGACGUCGCCAUGGAAAAAAGCCUUGGCUGGGACACUCCCUGUGCUGGUGCUUCUCCUCAUCGGGAUGAGCUACUUUGGCUGGAGAGAACAUAAAGCCAAAGAGCGAGAAGUCAUGGAAAGGAAGAAAGAAUCUCAGGAAAAAGAGGAGAUGAGCAGCAACAAGGAACGAGCACUUGCAGCCAAAGAGAAACUCAAGGCAGAGCUCGACCAGCGAAAGGCAUUAUACAAGGAAGAUUGGAAAAAGGCCCUGCUAUAUCCUGACUGGAGGAAGGAACUUUUCAAACCUGCUCCUAUAACUCUAAAUCAUGAAAACUCUUCUGAGGGCGAUUCUGACCCAGUGAGAGAAGAGAACUUCGGAAAGGAAGCACCUAGUGAUACACCAAGAGACUGCAACCUUAUCACACUUGAACAGGAAGCAUUCUCUUCAGGGAGACAUUACUGGGAAGUGGACAUUAAGGACACUGAUGAAUGGACUCUAGGCAUUUAUGAGAUGCCCAUGCAGGGGGAGGGGAAAUGCAACGAUCUACCAAAGAAGUUCAGAGUCUUAGAGAAGAAGGGACCGGACUACAGGGCUCUCAUCUGUUCCAACCAAGACAUUUCCCAAGAAGAGCUUGUCCAGAUUGAAAAGGAUCCACAAAAGAUUGUGAUUUUCUUGGGUUAUGAGGACGGUGACAUUUCAUUCUACAGCAUGACUGAUGGUGCCCACAUCUACUCCUUCACCCACUGUAACUUUUUUGGGCAAAUCUCUCCUUAUGUCAAGCUUAAAUCCUAUCUGCACCAAUUUAAGUGACUUAGAAGAAGAACCUAUAAACCGUGAAGACAGUAGCCCAUUCUCUGUAAACUCUGACUCCAGACCUAGAGUAUCUUCAGGACCACUAAUUAGGAUGCUUCCUGGCUUAAGGGUCUGAGUCUGCAUGACCAAAGUUUCCAACCACAUUAAGCAGUGUUUCUCAAUCUACAGAGAAGAAUCUUUUUUUUCCUUUUGUUUAUUGCUGUAAAUGUUUCUUGAUUUAUAAAUUAUAUAUCACAGAUUUAUACUUUUCUGAAAAAUUACUGGAAACAAAGAAGUGAAUAAAAAACAUUGUGGUAA